AUGCCGAUCGUUUUGAAAGAAUAUUCGUGGCACCAAAACACUGAAAACGUCCUGUUGAAGGUUAAAACAGGUUACAUUCAGCCCUCAGCAAAGAGCUGCACCGUUUUAAUUACUUCCCAGUAUUUGAAGUUCAGCCUACCACCGUUCAUCUUUGAGCUGUUCCUGUCGGAAAAGAUAAAAGUUGACGACGUGAAAGUGACGUAUGGAAGCAAUCAUGUGACUUUCACGCUUCCAAAAGAGGACACAGGCAAAGAGUGGACGACCAUAGAGACUGUUGGACUGGACAAAGAAAAGAAGCAAAAGUGGCGAAGUGAUGCUGAACUUGAGCAGCAUGAGUGGCACAAAAAUCGAGAUGAAGCCAAACAAAAGCACAAUGAGAAACUCAUUAAGAAAAAUGUCGAGCACCAGAUUGAGGAGAAGGAGGCGAACAGACUGAGGAUCGAAAGGUUGAAAAAGGAGAUUGUGAGACAGGCCUUGGAGGACACCCUGCAGUGGAAACAAACUUUACCUGCAGAUAAUCAAGUUGCCAAAUCUGUUGAAAAAAUUAAAAGUGUUGAAGUGGCUGUGGAGGCCGUUCAAGAAAUCUUUGAAGAAGAAACUGAUCCUGAGGAGCCGUUUGAGUUUUCAGUUGCUUUUACACCAAGAGUGUUUCCCACGCCUAAAAGGGAGUCUCACAAGCCUAUGGAGGAUAAGUGGAAACUUCAAAGAGAAGAGGCCAUGAAACUUGUGGGCUGUGGACCGGAAGUUGUGGAAAAAGCAGAGCCUGGUUGGUUGUAUGAUAAAGCAAGGGAACUAGUUCAAGAUAGGAAGUAUCAAGGAGCAGCUGCCCUGGCCAGCCAUGCUCUUGGUGCGUGCCCUUCACACGCGGGGCUCCGCCUCGUCCUGGCCGUGGCUUAUCUGCACUUGGGCCACUGGUAUCAGGCCAUCGAGUGCAGCAGUCGAGCCAUCGAACAAGAGGGAAUCGAGGCCGAAAUCAAGGCCAAACUCAUCGUGGUCAGAGGGGCGGCCUUGCUGAGGAGCGGACGAGAACAAGAAGGCAAGGAGGAGAUCAAGAUCGGCCUUAACAAGUGUAAAGACGUGGAUGAUAAGCUGUUGGCUCAUCUUCUAAAAGAUUUGAAGUUUGACUAA